AUGGCAUUUGUGAGUCAGACGCAGUGCGUGGACAGGAGCACUCUGCUGGGUGGGGUGGUACACAAAGGCAGGCACCAGGUCCUGAACGAUAUACAAGCUGCUGUGUCAGGCACUGGUGACCCCAAGAUAAGCCACAGCCUCUCACAGCACAUACAGCAGGUGGGCAGCCCGAGGCCCCAGUGGUCUGCAGGCUCCCACGACAGGGCAGGCGUGACAGCAGGAAAGGAGACUUGGGAUGGAGAAGAGCGACACCCCAACCUUGGGCCCCAGCGCCCACCCAGCAAGCAGGGCAAGAGGGAUGUCCUGCUGGCCGCUGCACGGAGCCAGCCAAAAAGCCCCGCUUCCCGCCAGCCAUACCGCAGCUUUCAGCAAGAGCGGGGGUCGCUGGCGCACGCGCCGCACUGCACCCCCCCCACACACUCACACCUGCCCCUUAACCGCGGUGACACUUGUCACAGGGGGGAGGGGUACUCCACAACCCGACACCAAUGGGGUCCAGCGACUCAUGCCGGCGAUCCCCGGGGCGGAGGUCCCGGCCGCCACGCCCGCCUCCCGCUCCUCCCCGCGCGCCGGCCCGGGUCUGCCGUGCUCCGCUCCCGCCCGCGGCGCCUCUCGGGCCCUCGGGGCACCCUCGCGGGUCCCCAGCCGCUGCCCCGGGCACUGUGGGCUCCCGCGGGCCUGGGAGGGCCGCCCGCCGCCCACAAGACACGCUCACUCACCCGCUCCCGGCCGCGCUCGUCCUCUUCGGUCGCUUGGGCCGCCGCUGCUUUACGCCGCCUCCCGGGCAGCGCGGGUCCCACGGCCCCGGCCCGGCCGCCCGCACCCCGCGGCCCCGCGCGCCCCCGUCAGCAGCCGGCCCCGGGCGAGCGUCCGGGCAGCGGCGGGCAUGCUCCGGGCCGUCGGCGGGCGCGGCGGCGCACGUGCUGGCGCCGGCCGCUCCCUGCGGCGCCGCGAGCUGAGCUGAGCCGAGAGGGAAGCGGGCCGGGCCGGCUGGAGCGCUCUGAGCUGCGGCGCCGCCGUGCCCCGCGCCUCAGCGGCCGCUGCUACCCGCGCGCGCCGGCCCGGCUCGCAUUCCCUCAGUGGCGGCGGCGGGCGGCGCCUCCUCAGGCCGCACGGGGGAGCGGCGGCGGCGGCGGCGGGGGCGCGUCUUUGCCCGAGUCGGGCCGGCCGCCGCCUUCGCCGGAAGAGCCCGCUCAGACUCGGGCAGCCCUCGGGCCCCGCGCCUGGCCGCCGUCGCGGCGGCAUCAGUGGAAAACGAAGUUCCCCGGGAGUCAGACGACGAGGCGGGGAACAAACUGCGGACGUGACCCCGGCUCCUCCCGAGGGCCCCAAAACACCCUCUGGAGCACGUGGGGUCCCCGCCCUGGCAGCAGUCGGCACCGAGUUCCCGGACGCCGAGGACACCGUCCACCGGCGUUCGCGCGACUGCACGCAAACCAGGUCACCCCAAAGAACCCGCGUGGCGGUAGCGCUCGCCAGCAGCGUGAGCACAGCAGGCCACGGCGUUCACCCACGAGUUUUAUUGUACGCCCACGUGCAAGAGUGACGGCGAGGUCCCUGCGCUCUCACGGCGCUCACAGCCGACCUGAAACCCGCACCUCGCGGCUGGACGCACCGCAGAGCACCCGCCUCCGCCCCCAGCCACGGCCACGGCACGGCACGGCACGCAGAGCGCGGCGGCGCAGACUGAUGGCUGUCCUGAAAUCAAGGACAAAUGUGACAGCCACGCUUAGAGACGUCACGCAGGUCCCAGCUCCGCGCCGUGCGCUGCCCUGGUAUGGCUGCUUUGGCUUCAGUGCUAUUGCUUCAGCAGGAGAGGCCCCUAAGAGAGAUGCUGUGUAA